UUGCUCGCUCACAUAACAGCUUUAUAUUCGCAGGAGAACAGGACAAUGGCUAUGUCAAAACUCGAGAAUUCGGUGUUGCUUGAGAAAGAUGAUACGCUGCAGCUCACCGCAGUUCGCCUGUACCAUUCCCAAAGGGAGGUGGCGCGAUACCUUGAACUAGGCUACCUGAAUUUGAUCGACCAUCCUGAUAUUGCAAAAGAGGUUCGCCUAACAGCUAACGAUGCUCGAGCACAGCAUUUGAUGACAUCAGGCUUAAUGAAGAAGUUUACCAUGACGUCAAAACAUGUUGUGCAAACGUUGUUGCCAAUGAUUCGUGACGGCGUCGAACUUGGGGACGUUGACAUAGUCAAAGACACGUUUGGGCAAAUACUCGAUCUUGCCGAAGAUAUGAAGACAGAAUCUGAAAAGACAAAGGCAAGUUAUUACAAGAUACAAGGAAAAGUUCAGAAAAAUCUUGGAGAAGUUGACGAACGAAAUACAACAGUCAAGAAAACUAACGAGCAAAAGAAGAUAGAAAAGGAGUUAGAAGAAAAGAAACAAGAGCAGGCGAAAGAAAGUGCUCAGAGGUUGAAAGAAGAUUUGGCAAAAUCUGAUAAGGAGCUGGAAGAUCUUCGAUCUAGGAAGAAGGCCAUGGGCCAAGAGAUUGAAAAGGACAUAAAAGCCUUGGACGUAGACGACGGUCCAACAAUCAUAGACGAUGUGUUGGGAUCGUUGUCUAUUGGAGGCGUCCCACAAGCCGCCAAAACCAUACUAACUGCUGGUGUCGGUCUCAUAUCAGGCUUUUUUAAAGACAGGAAGAUGAAAAGUCAGAUAAAGUUGAAAAGAGAUCACUAUGAUCUACUGAAUGCUGAGGACAGGGCGAGGAACGAGCACCAUGUAAAACUCCGAAUUGAAGAAGAAAAACAGCGUGCAGAAGCGCUAGAAAGACAUGCCAUGAUCGAAAAACUAAAUAGAGAUAUAACAGUUGGCAUUGGUGACGUGCAAAACCUUAAGGAAGCGGCAACUCACCUCGGAGAUGUGGACAAACUUUUUACAAAGAUUAUUAAAUUUUGGGAAGAUAUGGCAGCGGCAACAAAGUACCUGAAAGACGACACAAAAGCCGGAGAAGUUUACCUGAAAAAGAUAGAAGACGAACGGUACCAGACACGUUUCCUGAAGUCCGUAGAAAGAGCUGAACAGAACUGGGGAUUUUUCGGACAACUUUGCGGCGCCUAUGUUGCGGAGACGGAUAGGGAAAUAGAUUUCCUGUACGAGUACCUGUCAAAACCACUUGACAACUUGUCAGCUGAAGAUAGAAAAAGCAGAAAGGAAGCUAUAUUAAGUGAGCUGAUGAAAGAGAUCGACCAGGUUUACCCGCAGAUUGAAGACAUAACCGACGAAAAAGACGCAUAAUUGAUUAAAAUACUGAACUACUGAAACAUUGAAGGCUACGAAAUAUCACUUUGGUAAAAUAUUUAAGGAAUAACGGAGAUAACGUUUAGUACAUACAGCAAUAUUUAUAUGAGAUAAUAUUUUCAUUGAGUAGAUUUUGUGUAUUUAAAAUAUAAAGAUGUUGUUGUUUUUUGUUUAAUAUGGUGUGGUUGGAAUAGUUCUAGAUCUUAUGAGGUUUUAACAUAUUAUAAUAUACAUAUGGGGUCAAGAUAUUUGAUGGAAAAAUAACUCAAUAACUUAAGAUAAGAAUAGCAUGUGGUAAUAAAACUAAGUACAUUGGAUGUUCCUGUAAAAUGUACACUGCGGUUGGAUUAAAAAAUACUAUGCAUAUAUGGUCAAGACCAAUGAAGCUACUUAACGGACUCUGCUUAAUAUAUUCAAGUAAAUUAGUAAUAAUCAUUGAAAUGAUGUAUCAGGAUUUAGUUACUUAUCGCAAGCGCAUGAAGGGAAGUAGGUUUGGAUCAAACUUUAAAACAAAUGUUUCUGCUCAAUAGUUUGAGUUGAGAAAAAUGUAUUGGUAUAUACAAAGUGGACGUUCAUUUUUGGUCAUUUUGAUCAAGGUCAGUUUCAUAAAAAAUGGGUUUUGGUUCGAGAACAAAAGUUCAGAAUGAUGAAAAAUGAUAAGCAUUUUAAUACACUAAGCAGUUUUAUAUAUACAGUUUUUUGUUGAUUUAAAUAUAGGUUCACCGCUUGUAUAUGGAUAUCGAAAACUGAAAUUUGCCAAAUUUCCUGAAGACAAAACUUAUGUUUUUAGUAUUUUUUUAUAAAUAAGCUUGUCCCUGUAGUUAAAAUUCUAUUACUUAUAAUCAAGCUUUUUCUCCAUGUGUUGCUUCUGGAUGGUGUUGUCUAUUCUUUAACAUGAUCCUUUUCCACUUUGUGUUUUAUUCAGAUUUAGGCAUUUGUACCUUUUUUAAUCAUUUUGUUAUCCAUAACUAUUUGUGACUUAUAUUGAUGCAUGUACUAGAACAUGUUGUAAACAUCCUUCGAUAAUUUUUGUUUUAAUAAUAUGUUAAGCAUGUUUAAAGUUUUUUUAGCGGAAAUUCUACUGCUACCAUCGACUGUGCGACAAUAUGAAUAGUUUAAAUAAAUAUUUGGUUAUCAAAACGCGAAUCUUUGCGUCUUCGCCGUUCACUAGUUCAAAAGACGGACCUCUUAAAUUGCGAUAGGUUCGAAAACAUCCUGCUGUAUUCUACACAAGUACUUCACAAACAAAUACAUGCAAGCGCAUAAGUAUAUCUACUCUCACAAUAACUUAAAAUUUAGAGUUGUUUUAAUCGUUUGUUCCUGUCGUCAAAUAAAUCCAUCUCUAAAUUUACCUUUAUUGUCAAUCUUGUUACUAAUAAAACAAAAGUAGGGACUUUGUGUAGAAAGUAAUCUUGUAUCUUAAGUAUUGUUUGUUGCUUUAUUGACGUUGCUUUGGUGUGUUGGUUUUCAAAUAAAAC